AAAUGUGAAAGUAAAAGUUGCACGUCAACCACCAUCAAGUUGAUCAACAUGAAGAUCGUUUAAACGAAAAUCUUCUGAAUACCUUCAGUCGGAAUCCGUCUUGUUCUGAACUGACGAUGAACCCCUCAGACGUGACUCUUAAUUUUGGGGAAGAAGAUGAAAUUGAUAGGCAGAAAAAACUCAAACAUCCAGUGACAGUUUUUUGCCAUGUAGCAUUUAGAUGUCUUGCAGUUUUGAUGUUUAUACUUUGUGGAUGGUUUAGCACCAGUUUUAUAACAAACUUUAUUUUUAUUGUCAUUCUUCUGUCCAUGGAUUUCUGGACUGUAAAAAAUAUAUCAGGUAGAUUAUUAGUUGGACUUCGUUGGUGGAACUAUGUUGAUGAUGAUGGAGUAAGCCAUUGGGUGUAUGAAUCCAGGCCAAAGAGCCAAAAUAAGAUCAAAGUAUCUGCCACAGAGGCACGCCUCUUCUGGCUGUCUCUCAUCAUCUGUCAAAUCAUCUGGAUAAUAUUCAUAUUUGGAACCAUAUUCAAAUUAGAUUUGAAGUGGUUUAUGGUAGCGCUGGUCGGUGUAAUAAUGAAUGGAGCCAAUUUGUAUGGCUACAUUCGAUGUAAAUACGGAUCUAAGACUAAACUCUCAUCUGUGGCCACAGGAUUCCUAGGACAACAAAUCUGGUCUAAGAUGACAAGGCAAGAAGAAACUGUUCAGAAGUAGACCGUUUAUUAACUCAUUUAUUUUUAUGUUUGAUAAAACAACUUGGUUUUAUCACAGUACAUGUGCAUUAGGAUUGAUUCUUUUAAUUUGUUUCAACUCUUGAUACUUUAAAACAUAUGUAUCCUGACUUCAAGAGUUUAAGAAGCAUCAUUGUACAUUCUUUUAUAUAAACAAUUGUAUGUAUGUUAACUUUCUUUUCAUUAAAAAUUGACCUUUUAAAUCUUAAUCGUUCUAUACAAAACAUUUCUUAUAAAAUGAAAUGAAACAAAAUAGACUAUUUCAAAAUAUUAAGAAGAUUGAAUCUAAUUGGCUAUAUUUACAUUUUUCAGUGUCUUUGCCUGUGAUAACACUACGUAUCGAUUUUGUACUAUAUAACCCAUAAUACAAAUGACGCCAAAUUGAGGCGCCAGCGGGGUUUGCUUUUUACAUUUAAAAAUAUUUAAUCGUACGAUGGCUUAAAAUUAUAUAAAUUUAAGUAAUAAGGAAUCGCUCUUUGAAUAUUAUGAGGUGAUAAUUUCGGUCGGGGUGUAAUCAAAUC